GGGUUUGUGAAGUGCUCUAAGGAAGUGGCCACUGCCAUCCGAGGAGCCAUCAUACUUGCUAAACUAUCAGUCGUUCCAGUGAGGCGAGGCUACUGGGGCAACAAAAUUGAAAAGCCCCAUACAGUGCCAUGCAAAGUCACUGGAAAAUGUGGCAGUGUUUUGGUGAGGCUGAUUCCAGCCCCAAGAGGUACUGGCAUUGUCAGUGCCCCUGUGCCCAAGAAACUCCUGACCAUGGCUGGGAUUGAAGAUUGCUACACCUCUGCCAGGGGUGCAACCUCCACUCUGGGGAACUUCGCUAAAGCUACCUACGCAGCGAUUGCAAAGACAUAUUUGUAUCUGACCCCCGACCUCUGGAAGGAAACUGUGUUCACCAAACCUCCUUACUAG